AUGACCAGUACCGUGGAGGAGAUGGAGCUGAGUGAUGGUAUCUCCGCCCCCAGCAUGGGCGUCCUGCCUGGUGUAAAGGAACACUUCAGCCUGAAGACCGUCCUGUUCCCUGACAACACUGAACCCUCAGCCCUGUCCGGUUUCUCUGUCAACAUCACUGUCAGCCUCAUGGGUAAAGGAGGGGACAGGAAGCUACACAGAGACACACACAUACACACAGAGACUUUCUCUCACACACAUGUAUGCAGGCAGGCACACAAACACACGCUCCUCUCCUCUCAUCCCUCUCUCCUCUCUCCUCUCAUCCCUCUCCACUCUCAUCCCUUCCCCAUCUCUCCUCUACUCUCCUCCUGCCCUCCUCUCCUGCCCUCCUCUCCUCUCCUCCUGCCCUCCUCUCCUGCCCUCCUCUCCUCUCCUCCUGCCCUCCUCUCCUGCCCUCCUCUCCUCUCCUCCUGUCCAUCUCCUGCCCUCCUCUCCUCUCCUCCUGCCCUCCUCUCCUCUCCUCCUGACCAUCUCCUCCUCUCCUCUCCUCUCCUCCUGCCCUCCUCUCCUGCCCUCCUCUCCUCUCCUCCUGCCCUCCUCUCCUCUCCUGCCCUCCUCUCCUCUUCUCCUGACCAUCUCCUCCUCUCCUCUCCUCUCCUCCUGUCCAUCUCCUGCCCUCCUCUCCUGCCCUCCUCUCCUGUUCUCCUCUCCUCCUAUAGGUCUUCUGAUCCUGGUGUUCAGUAUACUAGCAGUACAGGGAGGAUUUGCAGUGUGGAACAUCGUAGCUCUGACCGUCAUCUUCAUAGUGUGUCUACUCCUCACCUUCAUCAUCUGGAGACAACCAGAGAGCAAGACCAAGCUGUCCUUUAAG